GCGCUGAUAAAUCAGAUAUUUGUUCUCAAGCGCGUCAACACUCCAGUCCAGUUGGUGGAAGUUGUUGUUUUGAAAACCUCCAGAAAACACAAGAAGAACUCAUUUCGAUGUUCAUCAUGAGAGAACAGAUGAAUGUGAUCCACACUGGAGAACAGCAGAUGCUGCAGAUACCAGUGAAGAUGUGUUCAGUGAAGCUGCUGGACUGCAGGAACCUGAUGGAGAUGAGAGAAAUCAAAGUAGAGGAACAACAGAGUGAUACAUAUUAUGAAGAAACCACAGCAAAGGAACAACAGAAGCUGAUGGACGUGAAAGAGGAACAUCAAGAGCUGAAUGAAGCAGAGAAGAAACAUCACGAUUUCACAACUGGAGAAAAAUCUUUGAGUUGCUCAAAGACUGAAAAUAAUUUCUCACCAAAAAAUCCUCAAAGAAGAGCAGCAAAGAAAUCUCUUACCUGCUCUCAGUGUGAAAAGAAUUUCGCAUGUAAAAAAAAUCUUAAUGUACACAUGAAAAUUCACACAGGAGAGAAACCUUUCAUGUGCCAUCUGUGUGGAAAAUGUUUCACCGUGAAAAGCAAACUUAAUUUACACAUGAGAAUUCACACUGGAGAGAAACCUUACACAUGCCAUCAGUGUGAAAAGAAUUUUGCAUGUAAAAAUAAUCUUAAUGUACACAUGAGAAUUCACACAGGAGAGAAACCUUACACAUGCCAUCAGUGUGGAAAAUGUUUUGCAUAUGCAGUUUCUCUCAAAAAGCAUGUCCGACAUCACUGUAGCAUCGAAAAGCCAUUUGAAUAUGAUAACUGCUGUAAAGCAUUUGUUGAGGAUUCUGACCUAAGAAAACACCUGAAAACUCACACAAAUGAGAAGCCUUACAAGUGUUCUUUUUGUGGGAAAUGUUUUGCACACCUGUCCUCUUUGAAAAAGCACCAGAAAAUUCAUACCUUUGCUGGAGUUCAUAUGUGCAUUGAAUGUGGGAAGACAUUUAUUACAGCCAGCAGCAUGAAACGGCACCAAAUAAUUCAUACUGGAGAGAAACCUUACAAGUGCUCACACUGUGAAAAGAGUUUCACUGAAUCACAUAUCCUGAAAACACACGAGAGAAUUCAUACUGGAGAGAAACCUUACAAGUGCUCACACUGUGAAAAGAGUUUCACUGAAUCACAUAUCCUGAAAACACACGAGAGAAUUCAUACUGGAGAAAAACCUUACAAGUGCUCACACUGUGGAAAGAGUUUCAAUCUGUCACGUAACCUGAAAACACACAUGAGAAUUCAUACUGGAGAAAAACCUUACAAGUGCUCACACUGUGGAAAGAGUUUCACUCAGUUACAAAACCUGAAAAGACACGAGAAAAUUCAUACUGGAGAAAAACCUUACAAGUGCUCACACUGUGAAAAGAGUUUCACUCAGUCAUGUACUCUGAAAACACACGAGAGAAUUCAUACUGGAGAAAAACCUUACAAGUGCUCACACUGUGAAAAGAGAUUCACUCUGUCAUGUAAUCUGAAAAGACACGAGAGAAUUCAUACUGGAGAAAAACCUUACAAGUGCUCACACUGUGGAAAGAGUUUCACUGAGUUACAAGAGCUGAAAAGACACGAGAUAAUUCAUACUGGAGAGAAACCUUACAAGUGCUCACACUGUGGAAAGAGUUUCACUCUGUCAUGUAAUCUGAAAAGACACGAGAGAAUUCAUACUGGAGAGAAACCUUACAAGUGCUCACACUGUGAAAAGAGUUUCACUCAGUUACAAGAGCUGAAAACACACGAGAUAAUUCAUACUGGAGAAAAACCUUACAAGUGCUCACACUGUGGAAAGAGUUUCACUCAGUUACAAGAGCUGAAAACACACGAGAUAAUUCAUACUGGAGAGAAACCUUACAAGUGCUCACACUGUGGAAAGAGUUUCACUCAGUCAUGUAAUCUGAAAAGACACGAGAGUAUCCAUACUGGAGAAAAACGUACGACUGCGAUUAAUUUGGGAAAAGUUUAAACAAAGCAAGUAAUCUAUAUAGACAUGUAAAAGAGUAUUGCCCAAGAAGUCACAGUUGGUGGUAGACCAAUGUGUGUUUUUCAAUGGCCCAUACCAAUAAGCCCAUUGUAAACGAUAUAUAUGUCACCGAAGUCUUUUAAAUUAUGAUGGUUGUGGCCUGUCAGACUCUGUUUCCUUUAAACUCCCUCUUUCUGCAUUUUCUAUCUUUAAAAUUCCAACUGUUGAUGAGAGAUCCCCUUUAAUUUGGAAAUACAGACCUGUCAGCUUGGUCCUCUUCCAACAUAUUUAAUUAAAGUAAGUUUUCUUCUCUUGGCUCUCAACGAAGGCGGUCACAUUUUCUCACCCUCUCCCUCCCCUUACCUUCCCUGCUUUGCUCCUCUCGUCACAUCUAGUUUACUGUCUUGUACUUUGAGAGACUCUCUCAGCACUGCUCUCCAAACUAAGACAUCAUGGAUUUGAUCAACUGGUCUCUCAACACCAUCUUCUCGACGAGAAGCUUGGGUUCUGGGGAACCUGAAUGCCCUGACGGAACGUUUGCAGCUGGCUACACGAUGGACGCGUGGGAGAGGUGACGGGUCGUGUGUCUGGCGGCUCUUUCCGUGCAGGACGUUGAAGAUAUCUACCUAUUCGGUACCAUGAUAACAGGUCUUCUGCUGAUUGGAUUAGGCAUUGCCCUGGUUUAUCGAGGAGUUAAGAAGACGGUGACAGCUGUCCAAAGCCUCACAAGGCUGCCCGUCAUGAUUGAAACAGUUGGCAGAGCUGUCUGCACUCAGACUGGGUCUAUGAACCAAAAUACGGAUAACAUCAUGGUGAAGCUCACAGCUUUUCAAAGGCAAAUGGAUCGUUUCAGAGACCAAAAUGGACCAGAUGAAUAGCCGUGUAAAUCAGAAGCUGCUUCUCGCCUCAAGACCAAACAAUCCCAAUCUUAUCUGUUUCGGCCGCCCUCAACCAGCACUGGCCUUGGCCAAGGCCGCUGUUGGAUCAACAACUCCCCCGGAAGAGCACUGCAGUGAGCCACUCUCGCGUUCCAUUCCCAACUCCCCAGACACCUGGUGAUUGUUGACUAUGUCUGGGACCUGAUCAAGGUUGUCUCCAUGGCAACUUGCUGUGUAUCGCUAUGACAACCCUGCGGACUGAGGCACCUAUAUUAGAUGCUGGCAUAGCGACUCUCCAGGCCUACACACACAUGAACUCUUACACAUAUAUGCAAUCAUCCGCCCGAUACCCUAUCCCUCGCCUUCGCCGCUUUGUACCCCCAGUCUGACAGGCGGGUCUGUGACCAGCGCCGAAAAAUGGCUGCAGGACCGGAUGGCUGCUUGCUUGUGCUGGGCCACCUCCACCUCCACCCCCAAUCCCCUCCCCUGUUGCAAGUCUUGUUCAUGUUGUAGAGUGUACUGAUUAUGUGCUAAUGUUGCUGAGGUGUUUUUUUCUGUUCCCACACUGUACUUCUUAAGGAGCAUAGUCUGGGGGCUGCCUUUUUUUUUUUUUUUCCUCCACCUCUCCUCCAUGUCAUGCUGUAUUUCUUUCUAAUUCCCUGUCUUCCUGUCCUGUCUACCCCCUUGUCAUAUGUAUGUUUGUAUGGACAGGUCGAUGGCCAAUUUCACUGGUUUACUAUGUGACA